ACGAAGUGUGGAUCUCGCGGUCGCUCAUCCCACGGGAACCCUCGCGUUAUCGGCCAUCCGGGUUGGCCGUUAUCGAAAUUCGCCAGCGAAACCUCUGUCGAAUUCGAUAGCCGUGGGUACGAGGUUGGAAUCCACGAACUCGAAAACGACUAAAGUGCCGGAACCGAUCGAUCGCGGUUUAAGCGAGUACGCGAGUGAUCGCUUCGAGUGUGCCGAUGUGCCGGAGAGAUCGGAGAGGGAGAGUAGCCGCAUUCCCUGAGGGAUUGAUUUCAUUGAUUUUCUUUCGGUGACGAAAGUGCGCCAAGAUCUGGUGUAAGGUGAGACACGUGGACGACUCGCGGAGUGGAUUGGCGUGCUACUUCUGGUCUGUGGAAGUUAAAGAAGGAUUAAACGGAGAUGGAAAAUUGUUAUUUCUGCCAAGAGACCGGCCGUGUGAUUAUGGCUGUCUUUCAUUGAAAUUGCGUUGACUGUAUAUCGUGGUUGCUGCAACCGGCUUAGUUACCAUAAUCGCGAGGUCGGCACCACCAUACAUGAGGACUCCAGAUUUCACACAAUGGAUGAAUCAAGUUCACGGUACGUCGACGGACCUGGUGCCACAGCUGCUGGGCAUGUUCGACGAGCUGGUGCGUAGGGGCAGCGGGUGCGGCGAGCACGUAGUCCUGCCGUCGACCUGCAACAUACCGGCGGCCAUUCAGAAGCGUCUCAGCCUGGUCCCGCAUUCCCACCGCGGGUCCAUAUUUGGGCCGCUCUGCGACUCGGAAUCGGUCCUGGCCAAGUCUCGCCGCGAGCGGAAACCGGAGGAGUCGAAACCCCGGGAAUCGAGUCGCGCGGAAAUGGCCACUCGCGAGGAGGACGACAAGCCGGGGAACAAGGACGACCGCGGGGUAGAACUCGCCGUGGCCCAUGGCCAGCUGGCGAACGCCGCCGAGGAGAAGCCCGUGUAUGGGCUGACACCCCUCGGGUACACCAGAAGGUGCAGGGCCACCGGCAGGCCCCUCUCGGGGAGCUCCAUCGCUUCCAGCACCUCCUCCAGUGGGUGCAGCAAUCAGGGAAACGCGUGCGCCGCCAAUCCUUAUUUGGCCUCCGUCGAAUCGCUCGCCGACACCUGUGCCAGCUCCCAAGGGUCUGGAGAUAGCGGCGUUGUGACCGUGUCAGAAGCAAGCUGUCGAAUGGGAGAUGGCAGCGGUAGUCAAUGUAGAGAUAGCGCCGAGGGAGAUUCGCCUAUGUAUAACAGGCCAAGAUACUGCGAUCCUCAUCGCAAUCCCGUCGAAAGAGUUCUUCUCGAGAUCGUGGACACUGAAGCGGUAUACGUGGAGCACCUUCGCCAGGUUAUUCAGGGUUAUCUCAUAUUUUGGAGAGACGAUCCAGCCUCCUUGGUGCACCACCUACAACUCAACGAUUUGUUUAGCAACAUUGAAGAUAUAUUCCAAUUUAAUAGGGAGUUUCUGAAGGAAUUAGAAAAUUGCAGCUUGGAUCCGAUUUGCAUGGCAAAUACUUUCAUCAAGCACAAUUCGGGAUUUAAAGUGUACACCGAAUAUUGUACCAAUUACCCUCGGACAGUUUCCGUACUGACCGAUCUGAUGGGUCAAGAAGUUACAGCGAACGCUUUCCGAGAAAGGCAAGCAGCUCUUGGCCAUGCGUUACCUCUGGGGUCAUUUCUGCUGAAACCUGUACAGAGAAUCUUGAAGUACCAUCUGCUCUUACAAAACUUAUCAAAGGAAUAUGGUGCAGGCGCAGUGGAGAGAGAAAAGGAGGCUGAAGGUAGAAGCGCUAUCGAGAGUGCUCUGACUACCAUGACCGGUAUCGCGAAACACAUCAACGCCAUGAAGAGGAGGCACGAGCACGCCGUGCGCGUCCAAGAGAUUCAGUCGCUUCUGUAUGGAUGGUGUGGACCAGAUCUGACCACUAGUGGGGAACUGGUUGCCGAAGGCAGAUUCCGAAUGCGAGGUGCCAAAGCUCCAAGGCAUGCUUUCCUGUUCGAGCGGAUGCUUCUUCUUACGAAGAAGAAGGAAGAUGGCCUUCUAGUUUAUAAAGCUCAUAUUGGGUGUUCAAAUCUGAUGUUGAUCGAGAGCAUACCGGGAGAACCACUUAGUUUUCACGUGAUUCCGUUUGACAAUCCUCGGCUGCAAUAUACUCUGCAGGCACGAAACUUGGAACAAAAGAGAGAGUGGACCCUGCAAAUUAAGAGGGUAAUUCUUGAAAACUACAAUGCUGUGAUACCGUCCCACGCUAGACAACUGGUCAUGCAACUUGGUCAAACGCCUCCUGAAGAAGAUGGCGUGGUGGACAAGGGAUUGGCGAAAAAGCAACAUUCGGCACCGCCUGAAUAUUUAGAGAAACGAAAGCAAGACAGAGAGAGGCGAAGAUCCGAAACAGGUCUGAGGCAAAAAUUGAAGAAAGGAAGGAAGAGUGACAGCAACGCGCCUGACACCGAGCAUUCACCCUCGUCAACGCGUAAAAACCAAACGGAAGAUGCAAUUCACGGCAGUAGAGACCGAAGUCUUAACAGAUCAUUGGAUGCACGCGCCUCAAAAGUUAAGGACCGUUUUACUAACUGGAGAAGAAAGUCGGAGCCCGGUUUCCAGUCUUACGUGUGUUUAAAUCAAUCGGACGAGGAGCAUAAGGAGAACAGCGUAGACACCGAGUCUACAACCGUCGAAGCCGAUUGCAGCCCAUUGCCUAACGAGGAUGACGACUCCUCGGUUAAUUCGCACGGCAUCGGUCUUUCACCCACAGAAACCAAAGACAAUAACGAGCAACAAGUGCAGGCACAAACCGUGGAACAAAUCGUCGGUCACAUUCUUAUGCAGAAUCAAGAGUUCCAAAAGCUUCUCGAGAAGCAGCGAACCAACAGUAUUAUUAACGUCAGACAACAGCAGCGGUUCAUCAAGCACAUGUCGGCGGAUACUUCGGACGAGAGCGACACGGAAAGCUCCAAUUACGCGACCGAAUCGGCCGCCAAUAACAGAAAUGGUCGCGCUCGUUCCGCUCGUCGCGAACAGAGAAUGGUCAGAGUCAAUAACGCGUGGAACUCAUUAACGCCACCCACAUCCCGUGACAAUCAGUCCUCGUUGCGAUUGCGUUACGACAAUCUUCGGACGGAGAACGACAAGGAAGCAUCCCCUGACUCCGCCGUGAAGAGUAGAAACAACCGAGUCCACGAAAAAAGAGCGCUAUUCGAGGCCUUCAAGAGGCAAAGUAUCGUUACCGAUAGCAAGAUCAUCAAAACUGCUUUGAGGAUAAGAGAGAACUCGACGUCUGGAAACGAGGAUACUGCCCCGGAGCCGGCAUCCAACGAUACCGGUAACAAACCGGAAGAAACGAAGACGAUUAAUACAGAACCGGAAAACAAUGCAGAAGACGCGAAGGAAUCGAAAGGUUUCGGGAAUUACGAUAAUCUGCAACACGUUUGGGAUGGCUUGCAGGAUGAAAAGGGCGUGGAUGGAAACGACAGCCCUACCAGACCUGCCGUGUGGUUAACCAAGCUGUGCGAAGGGUUACCAACGUCGCCGCAAAAGUGCGGCUCUUUGCCACGAAGUUUCCAAAUUCAUCCUAACUCGCAUCCUCACAUAACGAAGUCCAGAUUCUUGCAGAGGGACGGGAAGCCGAUGAGCGAGCGUCCGUUCACCAUUGCUUCCGACAAACCGGCUGAAAUCAACUUAGAAGAUAUGGAAAGGUACGCUUCCUCUUGCCAGCCCGGAGGUAGAAUCGCUAAGUUCCCUACGUGUAACUCCACGUCGACGUCGACCUUCUUUUACACCUUGGAAGACUCUCUGACGGAUGCCUACUCCGAGCUGCAGGUGUCUUCUACUUCGACUAACAUCCACCCCGAUCAUAAGAUUUACAGAGCCAACGGGAAUGGAAGUACCAUUUUCAAGAACGUUCUGUCCAAAGCUGGAAGUAGACUGCAGGGGCUACGAACAACCGUGAGCACGGAAACUCUCGAAUGCAGCGAGGAACUCGAGAGGACAAAGCACUUUCGUUCUUCGAGUCAUGGUAAAUAUAGGAAAAGGAAUAAGUUGAGGUCGUCGAGAGAGACCUCGUCGGACGUUGAAGAGGUGGUAGGGUGUGCAACGGGAGGAUCUUCAUCCGUGCGAAUCCCUUCGUUGUACUACAAACAAGGUAGUUCUGGUCUCGGUGCUCGGAUCGCCCAGUCCGAUUACGCGGAUCCAACUACGUUGUUCGUUGACAAAAGAUCCGAAUUCUCGCCCGCAGUUAUUGGAAACACACCAAAAUCGGAACCCGAGCAAGACAAGGCAGUGAUUAUGUCCGAGCGUCAGGAAAUCGAAGCCGAUGGUUUCUAUGAAAGGUCUUUUGAGUCAAUAGAGAACUACGUGGAUACCGACACCAACGACGCUUUUCGGGAUAGUGCAAUAUUUAGCGACGUCGACGAGGUGCUUGCAGUUUGUACACAAACUAGCACACCUGUUCAAAAGUCAGAUACACCUUCGCCUUGUGGGAACAGGAAGAUCGCACCUCCUGUACCUGCAAAAAAAAGAACAGAAGUUGUUGCAGAGCCAAGUAACGGCUUGAGCGACGGGCAAAAGAUCAAACCAAGCGUAGCGAGAAAGCCUGAUUAUCUAAAGGUAAGAGCGAAAAUUUUAUGCGCACAAGAAGAGGCAUCUAAUGUCGCUAAAUUAGUGGAAUGUCACGAAGCGACGUACCGAUCCUCAAUGGAAGAAUCUCAAAGUCAGGAGGGAAAGACAUUGGAAAACGAAGACAGGGAUGAUGUUUCGGCAGGGCAAAGUCAGGCUGGCUGGGUUCGAAGAAUGGUUGGCCAAUUGCAAGGACACGUAGAGUCCUGAUCUGCGUUACGAAAAUUACUAGAGACCUGUAGGCAUUGUACUCUUUCAUUUUCAUGUGCAUUUAGCCAGCGGAUACCAGUAGCAAAAAAAGUGUGGUACCAUGGUUGACUAUGGUCUCUUUCGCGCGUACUUCGAACUCGGUUUCUGAGAAUAAUUAGAUAGUGCACGUUGAGUGGUGAUUACGUCUAGUUAAGAUCGGACACUUAUGAUGUAACUUAAAUUUUAAAUGAACAUGCAUUUUAAGAAUCUUAAUCCAGAUUAAUAAUGGAAGUGAUGUAAAAGGUUCUGUAAAAGUUAUUUGCUGUUCAUAAUGUAACAUUUCAAAAUGUUUACUUGUUAUGAACAGUUCAUAAUGUAAGGAAGCAACAUUUUCUUUGCUGCACGUUAACUAAAAGUAAUGAAGUACCAAGCCUGAACUGGCUAAUCAGAAGCCAAUUUACCGUAAUGUAGUUAUCGUAAUCAUAUAAUGCUUCUGAUGUUAUUCCAUGGACACUAUUGAGUUUAAUUUAUCCUUUUAUAAUCAAAAGAAAUGUGUACGUUAUGUCUUACGAUAUGACUCUACUGCCCAAGGAACUGACUGUACUUUUCUGUAGGUUAUGUGAUACGGUGUAUUCAGUUAGGAAGUAUCCGUAGACAUGAAUCUGCUACUAUUUAUCAUAUACAAAGUACAAGUUGUAUUUUAAUUUUGGCAAUGAAUCCAAUGAUUUUCUGCCUGGUAGUCGCUGAACUUAUGUAUUUGAUUUGCUUCACUACACAUGCCAUUGUUUUGAUUCAUCGAAACUCGUGCGUUCUGUUGCAAUGCAAAGAGUGACUUAAUAAUAACAUUGUCUUUAAUUUUUGGUACAAUUACUGUAAAGUCUAUGAAUCAUUAACAUGUACGUAACUUUUAUCGUUUCCAACAUCCCUCAGUAAUGUAUAAAGUUAGGUGUUAUAAAAAUACACAGUUGUACACACUGUUAUUGUAUAUAGUAAUAUAACAUUUCAUAAAAAUUUGUCUAUUUUCUUAUAAACAGAUCUAUAAAC